GUGUGCAGGCCACUGGCCAGCCAGCACCCAGGUGAGCGGCACCCACAGGGGUGAGCGCCAGUGUUCCCCAUCAUCCUUGGUGUUCCCCGCGGGAGGCCCCAGCGCGGCCUGCCCCUCGCCACCCUGCCCAGGCCGUGUCAAGGCCUCGCUGUCCUCACAGUCCUCACCUCUUCCCUCCUCGUCGCCGCCAGGUGCCCUGCGUGUUGCGGCUGUGUGGUAAUGUACUCACAGCCCAUUUAAGAAGCAUCAUACAUAAAGGUCUCCAGCACAACUCACACGCUCAUCAACCAACCACCAACAUCACCUACUCACUGACUUCUGCUUAGUGUUGAAUGAACAACACAACUAAGUGAAUCAUGGCAUCCGCAGCAGAAGUGGUUCAACCGACAGGCAACUUGCAGCCCACUGCCCCGCCCCUCAGGCCGGCAUGGGGCGGGGCUGGGCUGGUGGGUGCGGUGGGUCCAGCCCUACCUACCACGAGUCCAUGGGGGAAUGUCUCGUCAGCAGUCCCACAAGACCCCACCCCCCAAAAGUCCUUCCAUGAACUCAUGUCAGAGGAUCUGGCAAAGGACAUACAACAGAAGGAGACAGAGGCCUACCACCUCUCCCUCUUGGAUGAGAAGCCAGACUACAGUGACUUUAUAAAGCCACAGGAGGAUGUGUCUGAUGACGCCUACCUGGCUCAGGUGUUGCAGUAUGAAUAUGACCGCGAGUAUGACCAGCAAGUGAACAGGGAGGAAAAGCUCUUCAAUGGAAAUUCAAAAGUAUCGGUGUCAUUCAAUAAAUUCAAAAUCUGCCCGUCUUGGUAUGGCCCUGACAGCGAUGAUGAGCUGCGGGAGAUUGAUGACGAGAACAGGGCCAUUGACUCUUUUGAGGCCCGGGAGCGUGCUGACCCAGUGAUCCCGGCAAGAGGCUAUGUGAAGCAUGGAGAGAAGAUGGUGACCAAGCAUGACCUGGCCAUCUCGGGCAGGAAGAAUGCCGUCAGGAUCAUGAACCUCCCGCCAGGCAUUAACACUGGAGAUGGUGGAGGAUUUGACAUGCAGCUUUCCAACAAGGUGUACAACAAGCUGUGUCGCUCAGCCAUGUCUGACAUGCGCAGGAAGAAUCGUGUGCAUGACAAGGUGGAGAAGGCCACCUCUGAGAUGGCCCUGGACCCCAAGACUAGGCUGCUGAUCUUCAAGAUGAUCAACAAUGCUGUGCUGGAGGUUGUUAACGGCAUUGUCAGCUCUGGCAAGGAAGCUGUUGUCUUCCACGCACAGGGAGGAGAGUUAGAGGAUGAGCCGCUGCCUGCGAACUGUGCGGUGAAGGUGUUCAAGACAACCCUGACGGACUUCAAGACUCGGGAGCGCUACAUCAGGGAGGACUACCGCUUCAAGGACCGGGUCUCCAAGAACAACUCGCAGAAGCUUAUUCGUUUGUGGGCUGAGAAGGAGUACCAUAACCUCCGGCGGCUGCAGCGUGCCGGCAUCCCCAGCCCCAAGCCGGUGCUGAUCAAGAAGCACAUCCUGGUCAUGUCCUUCGUUGGUGAUGAGCACAUGCCAGCACCCAAGCUGAAGGAGGCACGCUUGUCCCAGGCUGACCUGUGUGUGGCCUAUGAGCAGGUGGUGGAGGCCAUGGUGAAGAUGUUCCAUGGGUGCCACUUGGUGCACGCUGACAUGAGUGAGUACAACAUCUUGUGGCAUGAGGAGCAGUGCUGGAUCAUAGACCUUGGACAGGCGGUGGAGCCAACCCACCCACAUGCACUCCACUUCCUCCACAGGGAUUGUUCCAAUGUUAUCAGGUUUUUCCAGUCAAAAGGAGUUCCAAAAUUACCGUCACCUCUGAGAUUGUUCGAGAAAGUGAGUGGGAUAUCCUUGCCGGGCCCGGAGGAGUCUGCCCAGAGAAUGAUUGAAGAAUAUGAAACCCACCAAGAGUUGUGGCGUGAGAGCAUACACAACCCCAGUGACCAGUUUGAGUUCUUGUGGCAGGAAAUCCAGGCAGAGGAAAAGCAGUGCAAAAAGAAGAAAGAAGAUGAGGAGGAGGAGGAGGAGGAGCUGGGGAAGGAGGAGGAACAGCUGCUGAAGGCAUUAGAAGCAUCUGAAGGUAAAGAGGACGAGGGAGGAGAGUGUUCCGGCGAGGCUUCUGGUGGUGUGUGCCCAGGGGGUGGGGAGGAGGCAGGGACAGGGGGUCAAGGGAGGCUCCAGACCCCAGCUGCUGCUUCUGUUGCCCCUGUAACUUUUGUUUCCAAACAUUCUAAUACUCAGGGAGGAAGCAAAGGGGGCAUCAGGUGUGGUGAGAAGCAGGCCAAGAAAAAAGGUAAAAAUAAGAAAAAUAAGUAGCAGUUGGGUUCAGUAACUUUUAGGUGUCUGUGUGUAGAGGCUGAAGCUGCUACUGGUUGCCAGCUGACUGGACGAGGGAGUCUGCAUCACGGUGCCGUCACAGGCAGGUGACAGACACUCACUCACUAAGAUAUAGGUGGGCAACACCGAGUAGCUGGCGGUAAGUUGCCAAUUACAUAUUUUUGUAUUUAUGCUCGACGUGUUUGAGGUUGUGAUGUGAAGCAAAAAGAAAAAAAAAAAAAAAGCACAUGUGAAGCUCAUGGAGAGAGGCUGUUCAGCACUGGCUAGGAAGUCAUAUCUUCUCUGAUGUUUUCAUAGCAUAGACACACUGUUUGGCCACCUGUGUUAGGAGGUGUGGCAUCCUGUUGAGGGAGCCACGAGAGAGAUCUCUGAUGUCAGGGAGUGUGAUGUGAGGGAAGUGACAUGAACGUUUCUGAACAGUCAUUCAGGUCCUUUCUUGCCUCUCAUGAGAUGGCUACAAGGAAGCAUUGGUGAGCUUUUAAUGUAUUUUAUUAUUUUUAGUUUUUUCAUUCUAAUCAGAAUUUUAGGCACUAAGGUUGUGAUGAUAUUAACAUGAAAAUAACCCAGACCAUCUAUAUCUAAUGCCCCUCACUGAAACUUCCCCAAGAGGGUGGCCAUGGCAGAAGUGUGUUCUUUUCCUGUUUGGAAAGUGACUCAGACUGGCUUUCGUGAGAGCUUCACCAUGCUUUCUUAUAAUGUCUAAGGAUUUGAUUUGAGGAUGUAUCAAGCAGAAUUUCAAUUGAGAUAUGAAUUUACACAACCUUUACUUAGCAUGCUCUAUUGUAUGACUUUAGUACAUUAAUUAUGAUGUUCAGUUAUAUUUUGUUGCAUUCUGCUUGUAUGUCAUGAUAUUACUGAUCAUGUUCCUGAAUGAUUGACUGGUCUGCUGAUAGUUUGAAAUGGAACACAACUGCCAUGAUAAAAAUUGACCAAAAGUA